CUCCUUAGAUUUCCAUUAACGCCUCUCUUCUUGGUGUUAUCAACAACAAGUUGCAAUAGGCAAGUAUCUAUUAUUUUUUUCUUGUUUGCUAAAAUUUCACAGAAACAGGGUCUUUUCAUAGGGUAUGAAGCAUCUAUCGACCAUCUUUGGAAUAUUGUUCUGUAUCUGCACCUUGUUCGACACCAGUGCAGCAUAUGGAUAUCCAUCGCAAAGUACUUACUCCACUGAAUACACUCCAAUUAGUUACAAUCAGUACUCUCCUUAUCAGUAUUCUUAUAUUCCAUAUCCAACAUCUACUCCUUCUUAUAAAGAAUAUGAAUAUCUGCCACUUUGUGCAUUGGUAUGUGAAGACUGUCUUCAAUGUUAUCAACAAUAUGAGUUCAUUUAUCCUUGGGGACUCGACAUCUUGUACUGUAAGAACUACGGGAAAUACUGUUCUUCUGCAACGACGUCGGACUAUUCACGUGGAAUGUAUUCCAUGUCUCAAGCUUAUUCUACAGUAUCUCCCAUGCAAUAUCCACAACCUCCAAUGACAUAUACAUAUCCACCAUGGUAUGUGGAUUGUCAUAUUACUUGCUUUGAUUGCCUUUUGUGUCUUUGGGAGUUUGGUUUCAUCUAUGAGUCACCCAAGCAAAUAACGAACGAAUAUCAAAACUAUGGCUAUGGUUUAAUGCUCUAUUCUCAACCUUCCCUCCAAUCAUACAUGCCAAGCAGUUCUAUGGCUAGUUCAGAUACUUCUUCAACAACAACACUAGUCACAAGUCAAGACGCUCCUUCUAGUCCAAGUGCUAGUGCGAUAUCUUCAUCUUCUCCUUCUCCUUCUAGUCUGAUAUCAUUUUCUCCAACAACUAACGAUCAACUGGCGAAUUCUGACGUAAGCACUACCCAAUUGCCCUUUAACGUCUUUGUAGUUCCAUGCAACGGCUGUGCAACUCCAGUUCCUACCGAAGCUCCAAUCCCAACUGAAGCCCCGAUACCAACAGAAGCUCCAGAACCUGUUUCAACAGCAAUUCCUCUGACAACGGUUCAACCACUUCCUACUGGUAUUGUCAUCUCAAGUAACGUUCCUGAGUCUUCCCAAAUUCCCAGUCUUUCAACCAGUUCGACGCCCUCAUCGUUUUCAACUCCGACUAUAUUUGCUCAACCAACUUUAUCACCCAUAAGUUUCAGUUCGAACCCAACUUCUCAGCCAAUCUUUGGAGCUGUUCCAACGACUAGCAUCAGUCAACCUACAGCCGUGGUGUUCAAUGGGCCUAUUUUCACUCCAUCUCCAUCUUUCAAUUCUAUUACAUCUGCUACAGCGAUUCCAACCUUCACUUCAGGUGAUGUUGUCAAUGGAUCGCCAUCUUUUUCCACAAACCCAACAACGAGUUCUAGUGUCGUGAGUGGCGGUAUCUCUUCAUUUUCAGCGUUCCCUGUACCUACUUCAAGUAUUCCAGUAGAAACUACCAUUUUCUUUUAAGAAGUAAGGAUCGAUGGACGUGCACAGUCAAAAAGGUUAUAUCAUACAACUGAUUGUGUUAUAAUAAGCAGAAAACAAUCAUUGAUGUUGCAAGGUCAAAGGACUUUGAAUAAAGCAAAAAGGUUGCAUUUAUUUUUGAAAU